AUGGCCGAUUUGAACCGUGCCCUGCUGGAGUUCGUGAAAGAGAGCCUGGACAAGAGUCCCCACUGCGAGCUGACACCGGUAUUCCGUAAAUAUGACGAGCACCUAAUAGCUGUGAUUGCAGCUGCAGCUGGCGCCGGGGGAGAUGCCAAGCGCUUCCCACUCACCCCGGGAUCCACUCGCUUCUCCUUUGAAAGCACAGAAGACCAGGAUAAAGUGGUCCACGACCAGCCACCGAAGUCUGCCGACGAGGAGGCUGUAUACUCGAAACGCUGCCAGGUGUUUGUCAUGAAGGACGCAGAGUACGCCGAUCGGGGCGUGGGCAUCUUGCACUUGAAGCCAGUGAAGGACUACGCGAAGGCGCAGCUAAUUGUUCGGGCCGAAAGCAAUAUUGGCCAGGUUCUGAUCAAUCUUAUAGUCGGCCAGGGCCACAGCCUGCCCUGCCAGCGUAUGAGCUCAAAAACUCUAAUGAUCACGGGCCUGCCCAUGCCGGAGGACAGCAACGUGGUUCCGAUUCUACUGCUCGUUAAUUCCGCCGAGGAGGCCGAUGAGUUAAUGGUGAAAAUCGAGGAUUACACCAAGUGA